AUGACUCAGCUCAUCGGUCUUUCCAAGGCGGGCGGCUUCCCCCUUCAGAAAUGGGCCAGCAUUGGUCCGGAGGUCCUCAGCCAACUUGGGCGAUCACCUCCACCAUCUCCGUCAUCUCCAUCGGAGCUUCAAGAAAAGGAGCAGGUCAUCAAGGUGUUUGGUUUGUGCUGGAACUCACACGGCGGUUGGGAUGAUCCACUUCCCAUGUUCACCAUCAGACACUGGAAUCAGUUCAGGGACGAACUAAGCCACGUCAACCUCAUCGCAGUUCCUCGGUGGCUCCAACUCAACUCCACGGUCUCCAACCUCCAAAUUCACGGCUUUGAGGAUGCCUCCAACCUCGCUAUAGGGGCGGUGGUCUAUCUUCGGACGGAAAAACCAGGUACGGCUCCAGUCAUCUCGCUGGUGUGCGCCAAAACACGUGUCGCCCCACGUACGAGAGUGACUAUACCCAGACUUGAGCUAACAGCACCAGAGCUGUUGACGGAGCUCACCUCUUACGUCAUCAAACAGCUGGAGCUGACCCAACCAACUAUCUUCCUCGGGACGGACUCGUCGGUGGCUCUAGCAUGGAUUAAAUCCAAUCCAUCUCGCUGGAAAGAAUACGUCGAAAACCGUGCUCUAAAAAUCCAAGAGGCCAUACCCAACGGAGAAUGGCUUCACAUCAGCGGAACGGACAACCCAGCAGACUGUGCCUUGCGAGGGCUAUCACCGGAACAAAUUCAUCACCAUCCACUCUGGUGGGAUCGGCCACCAUGGCUCGUUUUAGCUCUACACCAUUGGCCAGUCUCAUCAGUCGGAUCCACGGCGGCGGCGGUGCUUGAGGGAAAACCAUCCUCAGCAUAUCCAGUGGUCAUCGGCCCUCAGGAGGGCAAUGUACUCCUAGAGCGGCAUAACGAUCUCAACAAAAUUUUGAGAGUAACGGCACUCAUCAAUCGGCUCGGACGGCGGCUGCGGCGGAUAGAAGUUCCAGAUCAACGGUUUGCAACUCCAGAAGAAGUCGAAGCAGCUAGACUUUUCUGGAUAAAAAGGAUACAGCACCAUCACUUCAGCGACGAGAUCCGGAUCCUGACCACCAACAAAUCUUACGGAUCGGCGGCCCUCUCCACAAUGCGCACCUGGACUUUGAGGAGAUCCAUCCAGGGGUACUCCCACGACAUUCCAGAUUCACGGAACUGGUCAUCGGAGAUGCACAACGGCGGUCUCAUCACGGCGGAACCCAGCUCCCCCUGGCCUUUACCAGGCAAAAGUACUGGAUCAUCGGCGAUAGAGCUCCUGUGA